GAACGGGGGUGGGGGCCUGCGCUUUAUCUUCCUCCGUAGCCCGGCUGGCGCCGUAGCGGGCCGGCGAAGGGACAUCCUAGUCCUCCGACCCUCGUGCGGCCGCCCAGCCUACCGCCUAGACCGCCGCAGCUGCCCUCCGCUCGCAGGAAGCUUGAUUGAUAGUGGGAGAAGAGAAGAUGUCACUAAGAAACCGGCUGUCAAAAUCUGGUGAGAAUCCUGAGCAAGAUGAAGCCCAGAAAAAUUCGAUGGACACAUACAGAAAUGGUCACAUUACCAUGAAACAGUUGAUAGCCAAGAAGAGGCUGUUGGCAGCAGAGGCGGAGGAGCUGAAGCCACUGUUUAUGAAGGAAGUUGGAUGCCACUUCGAUGACUUUGUGACCAACCUCAUUGAAAAGUCCGCAUCUCUGGACAAUGGUGGGUGUGCACUCACAACCUUCUCCAUUCUUGAAGAAAUGAAAAACAACCACAGAGCCAAAGAUCUGAGAGCACCUCCAGAACAAGGGAAGAUUUUUAUUUCAAGGCAGUCUCUUUUAGACGAGCUGUUUGAAGUGGACCACAUCAGAACAAUUUACCACAUGUUCAUCGCACUCCUCAUCCUCUUUGUCCUCAGCACGAUCGUCGUGGACUAUAUCGAUGAAGGAAGGCUGGUAUUUGAGUUCAAUCUCCUGGCCUAUGCUUUUGGCAAAUUUCCUACUGUUAUUUGGACAUGGUGGGCCAUGUUCCUGUCUACACUGUCAAUCCCCUAUUUCCUGUUCCAGCGAUGGGCCCACGGUUACAGCAAGAGUUCUCACCCAUUGAUCUAUUCCCUUGUCCAUGGCUUGCUCUUUUUAGCCUUUCAACUUGGAGUUCUAGGCUUUGUGCCAACAUAUGUUGUCUUAGCAUACACACUGCCACCAGCCUCCCGGUUCAUUCUGAUACUGGAACAGAUUCGUUUGAUAAUGAAGGCUCACUCAUUUGUCAGAGAGAAUAUCCCACGAGUACUAAAUGCAGCCAAGGAGAAAUCAAGCAAAGAUCCACUACCCACAGUCAACCAGUACCUGUACUUCCUGUUUGCGCCUACACUUAUUUACCGAGACAACUACCCAAGGACUCCUACUGUAAGAUGGGGUUAUGUCGCUAUGCAGUUUUUACAGGUGUUUGGAUGCCUGUUUUAUGUGUACUACAUCUUUGAGAGACUCUGCGCCCCACUGUUCCGGAAUAUCAAACAGGAGCCCUUCAGUGCUCGUGUCCUGGUCCUGUGUGUGUUUAACUCCAUCUUGCCAGGUGUCUUGAUACUGUUCCUUUCGUUCUUUGCCUUUUUGCACUGCUGGCUCAAUGCCUUUGCUGAGAUGUUACGAUUUGGUGACAGGAUGUUUUAUAAGGACUGGUGGAACUCUACAUCAUACUCCAACUACUACAGGACCUGGAACGUGGUGGUGCACGACUGGCUCUACUACUAUGUUUACAAAGACCUGCUCUGGUUUUUCUCGAAGAGGUUCAAAUCUGCGGCCAUGCUGGCUGUCUUCGCCCUGUCGGCUGUGGUGCACGAGUACGCCCUCGCCAUCUGCCUGAGCUACUUCUACCCGGUGCUCUUCGUGCUCUUCAUGUUCUUUGGAAUGGCUUUUAACUUCAUUGUUAACGACAGUCGGAAAAGGCCAAUCUGGAACAUCAUGGUUUGGGCUUCUCUGUUCCUGGGCUAUGGAGUCAUUCUGUGCUUUUAUUCUCAAGAGUGGUAUGCCCGCCAGCACUGUCCUCUGAAGAAUCCUACAUUUCUGGAUUAUGUCCGGCCACGGUCCUGGACUUGUCGGUACGUGUUUUAGAAGCCCUGGCUCUGCCUUCUUUCUUGCCAUUGAAGAUUGGAUAUUCUUCCUGAUUCCGAGCCAGCCAUCUUCAGCGGUUACUGAAUCCCUACACCACAGUGUUUGGAGCUCUCUAUCCUUUCUGAUGAUUCACCUGGAGUUUGGGCUAUGGGAAGCUCACUUAGUGAUUUUUUUUGUUUGUUUGUUUUGUUCCCUUUGGGGGAGAAAGGAGACUAACAGUUGAGAUAAUGGCAGAUUUUUGCAGGGCUAUCUCAGGUCAAGCCUUGGUAGUUUUAUCUGUUUAUUUCCUUGAUUCCAUCCAACCAGAGACUAAACAUAUCUUGACCAUGAGUUAGCCAAAACACUUAGGAAGACAUCAUUUCAGUAUCUCUGAGCAUAGAAGUUUUGUUCAUGCACAUUAUCAAGAGGUAUGCUAGUGCAAUUGGGAAGAAAUAAAUUUUGUUAUUUUUGGUAGAGAAAAAAAUACCUAUUUUCCAAAGAUAAUCUUGUUAUGCAUUCUGCUCGUCUCUUUUGUUGCUAUUCUGUUUUGCUUUGCUUCUGUGCUGGGAAUGGAACUCAGGGUCUCGCUCAGGGGCAGCACACUGAGCCACAGCCCAGGCCUUCCACUGUAUUUUUCUGAAAGUUCUGGUCUACUGUUUUGUUUUCCAUUUUCUGUAUAAGUUGUGAUUCUUUUAAACGAUUAGUAUUCCUUCCCUUGAACUCAAUGCUAGUACAAAUUCAAGGGUCAGAAGUAGAAAGGGAAAAAAAGUCAUUUUAAUACAGACUCACUGAGCUGCCCAUGUGUUUUUAAUUAUGCUACCAUAGAAGUUCUGUGGAAGAUUUUAUUAUUGUUGGUUUGAUUUUGGUUUUUUAGAGGUGGGGUCUUGCUAUGUAGCCCAGGCUGGUCUUGAACUUGCUAUGUAGCCUGACUGGUCUUGAACCCCUGACCUCCUGCUCCUGCAUCCCAAGUGCUAGGAUCACAGAAGACAUCUCCAUGCCUGGCCAAGAUUUUUUUUUUUAACUUUUAGGUUAUAACUUCUUUGAAGUUACUUAGAAGUAUCCUUUGGUCUAAUUGCUUUAUUGUCUAAUGGGUAAUGACUUUCCUUGUUAUAGACUAGUGAGUCCAUAGUGGAAGUAUUAAUCUUUCUCUACUAAUAAUCCCAAAAUGGCUACUAAGGAUCCAGAAGCUGGCUUCUGAAACGUCUGCUCAGUCAUUAUACUUUAACAGUAUAUUUUUAGAUGAAAUAAAUGACUAUGUGAUCA